AUGCGUUUUCUGCCGACCCUCGCAUCGGCCUGUGCGCUCGUCGCCGGCGCCCUUGCUGCCGAGAAAUCCAGCCACGAACGAUUCGCCGACUUCUCCCGCCUAUCCCGUACCGCGACUCCCAUCCAGCUCAACACCGCCUCCUACAAGUCUUUGACGGCCAAUCCCCGAGACUACGCCGUCGCCGUCGUCCUGACCGCCCAGGAGGCCCGGUUCUCCUGCCAGGUUUGCCGGGAAUUCAAGCCAGAGUGGGAACUGCUCGCUCAGAGCUGGGCCAAGGGCGACCGCAACCACGAGUCUCGCCUGCUCUUUGCCGUCCUCGACUUCACCGAGGGUAGAGACAUCUUUGUGUCGCUCGGGCUCCAAACCGCUCCUGUUCUGCUGCUGUUCCAGCCGACCACUGGACCGCACGCCGUUGCUUCCGUCGAGCCUGUCCGAUACGAUUUCACAAGGGGACCGGCUUCUGCCGACCAAGUCCAUGCCUGGCUGGCACGCCAUCUCCCCGGCCGGCCUCAUCCCCAGCUCAAGCGUCCCGUGAAUUACAUGAAGCUGGGAUCGCUCUUCACAUUUCUGGCCGGUGCGAUUACUGUAGCCGUCUCGGCGUCGCCCUACGUCCUUCCCUUGAUCCAGAGCCGCAAUCUCUGGGCUGCCGGCAGCAUGAUUGCCAUUCUCCUCUUCAUCAGCGGCCACAUGUUCAACCACAUUCGCAAGGUUCCCUACGUUGCUGGUGAUGGAAAGGGGGGCAUCAACUAUUUCACUGGUGGGUUCCAGAACCAGCUUGGACUCGAGACCCAGAUCGUCGCUGCCAUAUACGGCCUCCUGAGCUUUUGCACCAUUGCCCUUGCCAACAAGGUGCCCCGCAUGACCAAUGCCAAGUCGCAGUCUGUUGCUGUCCUUGUCUGGGGAGCCGCCAUGUUCUUCAUCUAUGGCUUCCUGCUUAGCGUUUUCCGCAUCAAGAACCCAAGCUACCCGUUUUCCCUGCCGCCGUUCAUGUAA